GCGGGCUGCGCCGCCCGAGCCGCUGGGCUGGGGAAGCGCUAGCGGUUGGCUCCCGGGCCGGCUCCUCCAGGCGCUCGCAGGCAUGCAGCCCGGGAGCAGGCGGCGCGCCCCGGGCCGGUGCUGAGCCGGCCGGGGCGGCGGGGACCAGCGCCUGCCGAACCCCUCCCACCUUGCCCCGGGGCCCGCGAGCUGCGCCCCGGAACCCCCUCUUCGCCCGCAGCCCCGCCAGCGCCACCCCCCCCACCCCCCGCGGGCCGCAGGGGCUCAUGCAGCCGCCAAGGGAGAGGCUAGUGGUAACAGGCCGAGCUGGAUGGAUGGGUAUGGGGAGAGGGGCAGGACGUUCAGCCCUGGGAUUCUGGCCGACCCUCGCCUUCCUUCUCUGCAGCUUCCCCGCAGCCACGUCCCCGUGCAAGAUCCUCAAGUGCAACUCUGAGUUCUGGAGCGCCACGGCGGGCAGCCACUCCCCCACCUCGGACGACGCCCCCGAGUUCUGCGCGGCGCUGCGCACCUACGCCCUGUGCACGCGGCGCACGGCCCGCACCUGCCGGGGCGACCUGGCCUACCACUCGGCCGUCCAUGGCAUAGAGGACCUCAUGAGCCAGUACAACUGCUCCAAGGAUGGCCCCACGUCGCAGCCGCGCCUGCGCACCCUCCCGCCGCCGGGCGACAGCCAGGAGCGCUCCGACAGCCCCGAGAUCUGCCACUACGAGAAGAGCUUCCACAAGCAUGCGGCGGCCCCCAACUACACGCACUGCGGCCUCUUCGGGGACCCGCACCUCAGGACUUUCACUGACCGCUUCCAGACCUGCAAGGUGCAGGGCGCCUGGCCGCUCAUCGACAACAACUACCUGAACGUACAGGUCACCAACACGCCCGUGCUGCCCGGCUCGGCCGCCACCGCCACCAGCAAGCUCACCAUCAUCUUCAAGAACUUCCAGGAGUGCGUGGACCAGAAGGUGUACCAGGCUGAGAUGGACGAACUCCCGGCCGCCUUCGCCGACGGCUCCAAGAACGGCGGGGACAAGCACGGAGCCAACAGCCUGAAGAUCACGGAGAAGGUGUCGGGCCAGCACGUGGAGAUCCAGGCCAAGUACAUCGGCACCACCAUCGUGGUCCGCCAGGUGGGCCGAUACCUGACUUUCGCCGUCCGCAUGCCGGAGGAGGUGGUCAACGCCGUGGAGGACCGGGACAGCCAGGGCCUCUACCUCUGCCUGCGCGGCUGCCCCCUCAACCAGCAGAUCGACUUCCAGGCCUUCCGCGCCAACGCCGAGGGCCCCGGCACCCGCAGGCCGGCCGCCGCCAGCCCCGCGCCCGCGGCCCCCGACACCUUCCCGUACGAGACGGCUGUGGCCAAGUGCAAGGAGAAGCUGCCCGUGGAGGACCUCUACUACCAGGCCUGCGUCUUCGACCUGCUCACCACGGGCGACGUGAACUUCACGCUGGCCGCCUACUACGCCCUGGAGGACGUCAAGAUGCUGCACUCCAACAAAGACAGGCUCCACCUGUACGAGAGGACUCGGGAGCCGCCGGGCCGGGCCGCCGCGGUGGGGAUGCCCCCCGCCCCCCGGCAGCUCCUGGGCAGCCUCCUGCUCCUCACGCUGCUCCCCGCCGUCCUGGAGGCUGUCGCCGCGUAGGGCAGAGAGGCGGGCGCUGCCUAUCCCUGAGCCGGGGGGGGGGUGGGGGUGGGGGGAGCGGCUGCAGGGAGACCGGGGCCGUCGGGGGGAGGGAGGGCAUCCUCCCGGGGGGGAAGGGGUCAGGAGCCGAGGCGGCCGCUGGCCAGUGGACUGUGGACGGUUACCUCACAGCUGCCCUGGGCCGUCUGCCGGCGAGGGCUGGGGCGGGGGGGCGGCCUCCCCCCCCACUCUGCCCCCAACUCGUCAUUGUCGUCGGUGGGGAGGCCGCGAGAGGUUGUGGUGACCGGUGCUGUGAUGUUUGUGACAAUAGAGCUGUGUGAGAGGGGGAGCCGCUCCCCUCCACCGCCCCGCAGUGUGAAUGUGCAAAACAGAGCCCCUCGGGCCGAAGCCCCCCACCCCGCCCCGCCAGAGACACUGGGAUUGAUCAGAGUCGAGCUCCUCCACCCCCCCCACCCCGCAAUGCACUGAAACAGGCCCAGCUGACUGCUGCCCACGCCCGCCACACGCACACACACACGAGCACACUCGCGCACACUAAGCUGAGGGGCUGAGGCAUCUGAGAGGCUGGACCCCCUCCCCAGGCAGGGCCUCCUUUCCCCCUGGGCCUUAGGACGACCCCCGGGAAUCGUGACCCUUUGACUGAGAGGUUGUGCCCGCCUGGUGCCUUCCUGCCCACCCGUGGCCUCCCUGUGAGCCGAGGAGACCGUGUGCAGUGUGGCCGCUGUGCCCCUGCUUUGGUUCCCAGGCCCCCUGCCUGACAGCCUGUAGCUGACGCGACUCGUGGGCUCAGGUGCCCUCCUCUGGUUCCUUCCCUCCCCGUCCGCCAUUCUCCACCGUGCUUAGGAGGUCUCGUCCUCAUUUCUAAAUGUCUAAACAGAACUCUCCCCGCCCCCACCUCGAUUUCUGUUCCCUCCUCUCCAGCAGGUGGCAAGAGCCUCCUGGGUGGGGGAGCGUGGGCUGCAGGGCGUGGGCAGGAGGCGCAGUGGACGGGGCCAGCUGGCCUGCCCUGAUUCUCUUCGUCCUCCUCAUCUGCUCCCCCGGAGCCCUGCUCCCCGCCCGUCCACCCAGGUCUGCGUGCUGGGGAGAGGAGCGGGGUCUGCCGGUCAGGGUCAGACGCUCCCUGCCCCGAGCGUCCCUGGACGGUCUCGUCCCUCUAGUCCCCUCCCUUAAGCCCAUGGCCACACAAACCAGGAGAGGCUUGCCUCCGAGAGCCCCGGCGCCCACCUCCUGUCAGCCCAGGCCGCCGAUCCGAGGAGCCCCGAACCGGUCCCGCCUCUGCUGCUGUUCCGGAGAACCCAGGGACCGACACCGGGCUGGGCUCCACGCCCGAGGGUACGGUGCCCGCGGCGGGCGGUUCCCGCAGCCCCGCACUGUCCGGCUCCUCUGCUGUUCCCCAGGGACCUCUCAUACACUGGCCCGGGAGGCUCCCCGCCUCCUCCCCAAGAGGUCCCCUCUCUCUGCCCAACCCCGGGCAGGGCAGGCGGGUGGGAGGCACGGCCCGGCCCGCCCUGCUGGUCUUUAGAUGGUCCCUAUGUCGGAAGUAAAAAGUGAAGCACUUUAUUUUGGUUGUGUUUGAUCGCGUUCUGCUUGGAAGUGGGGACCCCUCACUGCGUCCUUGUGUCUGCGACCUGUGUAGAGUGUCACCGCAUGUACAUAUUGUAAAUUAUUUAUUAACGGCUAAAUGCAAGUAAAGUUUGGGUUUUUUUUGUUUUGUUA